GUCGUCUGUCGGAUCCGCUAGUUUUUUAUAAAGUAGUGAAGUUAUAAAUUAAGUUCAGCUAAUCUGUAACACGACAUUCAUUGACUGUAAGGCGGCUAGGUUAUAUAUGAAUAUGUAACACUGACAUAUUUAUUUAUUAUUAGGUUUUUUGGGCCUUCCAGGCAGCGGUACUUCUUCUAAGUGGUAAGACUGGUCGAGAUGCCUUUUUUAGAUUGGAGGAACAGCACCACCUUCCGUUCUUUAGGUACCUAUAUACCCAGAAAUAUCUUUCGGUAGGAAUAUUAAUACUUCUCGAAGGAACUUUAUUGCAAAAGCUAACUCAUUGUAAGGAAAUAAAAAAUGAUUGUCUUGAGGAAUCCUUAAUUAUGACCUCGUACUUAUUAAAACGAAAAAUUAAUUUAUUUGGAUUUUUUUACAUAUUUCUGGCAACCUAUAAAAUAAAAAUAAAUGUGUUAAAAAAGUCAAACACCAACAUCUGAAAAAAAUAUUGGACGCUGAAAAAUUUACAAGAAAAAUCCCUUCUUUUAUGGAUAAACAAAAAUAGUGUAUAAAAAUUAGGAUCUAGAUUAAAAUUAGAAUUAACAAUGGUUGAACAUAAGGACAUAUUAUCAAAAGUCGCAGAUAUACCUCUGCAGCGGCCUGGUUUUGAUGCCUUAGAGGUAUCAGCACCUGUCCUUGUACAAAUGAAUCCAAAUGGUAAAUGGGAGAACACAAAGCCUGGCAAUUUGGACGAAGAGCGAUUGAAAGCUAUUGUUCAGCAUUUGGUAAAGUCGAAAGCUUUAUCGGCUGCUCAAAGUUACUGCUGCCAAUGUGCUUCCGAAGGAUUGAAAGGCAACGACAACCCUAAUUAUAUUCCAGUAAUUAUGAUGCCUAUAUAUUCUGCAGAUGACUGCCCUUUUGAUUUAGAUUGUGAGGCAAAAAAAAUUCAAGAAGCGGAAACGAAACCAACAAAAAAAGAAAAAGUACAAAGCUUGCAAAAAGACUCAGACAAGGAUAAGGAUAAGAAAAAAAGCAAGAAACGUGGCUUUGUCCUACAAAGGCUAACCGAUUUUGAUUUACUUUCCCAAUGGUGAUUAAAAAUAGUAUUGUAACGUUAUAUGUGGUGGUUUGUGAAGCGAAUAAAAUGUUCAGAAUUGG